AUGCAACAACUCCUAGCAGCUCUCUUGAUAGCAUCUGCUCUCUUAUACAUACCCAUGUAUAUCAGUGUUCGGAAAUUAGGAGUUUUGAGUUCUGUGCAGCAGAAUCAACCACAACGAUACAUUUUCUGGCAGACAUUAGUAGUGAGUGUCGGCAAAAUUAUCACACUCCUACCAAUCUGUAUCUACUCAAUCACCGGUGCAAACGACGCGGAUGAUGUGAGAAUUGAUGUUCUUACAACUGCGCUAUACCGAAAUCCCCUCUUGUCUCUUUUUCUCUGA